AUGAAUCCAAUAACAAAACUUAUUUCUCCAAAAAAGAACACUCCUAUUGAAAUUAAUGAUGAUGAUGAUGAUGAUGACUUUAUAACGAUAAGAAAACGUCCUAAAGUUAUUCAUCCACCAAAAAUAAAUUCUGUUGUAAAAAAAAAUGAUCCAAUUAAAGAAUGUCUUGAAUCAGUCUUAAUACAAAUCGAAAAUAAUGAUGUAACAUGUCCUAUUUGUAAUCAAGUUUUAUCCAACUUAAGUACUAUUGAUCAACGUCAACAGCAUGUUAAUCGAUGUCUUGAAGAACCACAAAUUAUAAAUUUUAUAUACAAUCCAUCAGGAUCCACUUUUACUCCUCUUGUGUAUCCAUUUCGAUUCGAUAUAAAUUUAAAUAUCCAUUUACCUACUGUCAUUAAGAACGAACCAAAACAUCAAAAAACUUUAGUAUCUUAUACUAAAUCUUCAUCGAAUAUUCGAAAACCAACAACAAUAACAACAACAACGUUAUCCCAUGUCAGAUGUCAAAUUUGUGGAAUGUCAUUUCAUGCAAAACAUACUUAUUUAUCACAUCUUAAAAAAUGUUCCAAUCAAAAUAGUGUUCAAUUAAAACAUGUUGUUAAUUUUGCUGCUAAAACUAUAACAAAUAUUAAUGAUUCAAAACCAAUUACUACAGUAAAGAAACAAAUAGGAAACAACAUUAAAAAUCGAGUUCUUAAAAUGGAAAUACCAAAAACUGAAGAUGAUGAACAACAACAAUUAGCAAUCGCACUUUCAACUUCAAUUAAAACUGCUUUAGAACCUCCAAAUGCUUUUGAUGUCCUUCAAGCUGCGUCAAAAAAAACCAAAACAAUCGAUUUAUUGACAACACCAUUGUGGAGUAUAUCAAUGGAAGACAAACUAAGACUAUGGUCAACACGUUUAUCAAAUCUAUGUGAACGCCUUAUUACAAUAGUACCUUCAGAAAAUUCAUAUAAAUUUCCUGUAAGUUCUCUUCAAGUUAUAAAUCAAACAAAUUUUGGUCACGUCAAUUGGUGGAAUAUAACAACAACUGAUCCUCAUGAUGAUGAAAUGAUCAUGAUAGAUGUUAAUCAAGAUAAUGAUGAUGACGAUAAUGAUCGAACAGAAACUUAUACACCACCACCACUCGAAACAACAAAUGAUUUGAAUAAUAGUAAUGAAAAAGAAAAUAAUUGUAAAGAUACAAAGUCCAUCAAACAACAAUCAAUUAUAAUAUUAGAUGAUAGUUCAGAUGAAGAAACAACUACAAAACCGAUUGAUAAUGAACUAAUUGAUAAUUAUUGGAAUGAAUGGCCACAACUUGAUAAUGGAUUAAAUGAUGCAGAGCGUUCAAAACUUUAUUCCAUACCUGAUAUUGAUGUACCUCCUUCUCCACCACGAGAAAUGAUUUUAUCUCCAAAUAAACAAACUUCUACAACAACUGAAAAUAAUAUUCUUGAUAUUUUAACUUUUUCAUCAACAUUAUCAAUCACUAAUCAAACCAAUGAUUGCAAAAGAAAAAAAUCACCAACAAAACGAAAGAAGAAAAAGAAACCCAUGUCUGAAUAUCGAGCACCAUCACCAUUCUCACCGAAACCAGAUUAUAAAGCAAUGGAUAUUGAACAAUUAAAAACCCAUGCUAUGCGUUAUGGUCUAUCAACAACACAAGCUAAAGGACGAUUAAUUAAAAUUCUUGAUGAAAUUUAUAAUUUUACUCAUCAAUAUGAAACUGAUACUGAUUAUGAAUUUGAUACGAAUGAAAUUGAUCUUCCAAAGUCUAAUUCCAAUAAAAAAGAUUUAUCUCAUACGCCACCAACACCAGCUAUUAUUUCUGAUGUCAAAAAACCAAAACAACGAAAAGCUAUUCAUCAAAUGAGUUCUUCCGACGAAGCUGAACAACAUCCAUCACCACCACCACCACCACCUUCAGUAAAGAAAACAACUCCAAUAACAAUAGUGGAAAAUAAAAAUGUUAGUCAAUCAGAUGAGGAUGAUACAGAUCAUGAAGGUCGUUUUCUUGAACUUACAGUUUAUGAUCUUUCGUCGUCAAUAACAUCCUCUAGUUCAUCAUCAAUGAUUAUUACUUCACCUACUUGUCCUUCAAAUGAUGGUCAUCUCAGUGAUUCACAAAAACCAGUGAACGAAAAUUGUUCUCAAUCAAAUGAAACUAAAAAACUGAAACAAAAAAAGAAACCAUCAACACCAAUAUUAACUUCUGAUUCCGAUACAUUAUCAACAAAAAAAGUUAUAAAAAAACCGAAACUUCAAACUCCUACAAUUCCAUUAAAAGAAAUCGUUCGUAAUUAUAUUGAAUCAAAUCCAACAUUACAUGGUCGUAUACUUUGUUAUGAACCAAUCGAUUUCGAAGAAUUUCAUAAACAAAUAAAAACAGAUCUUAAUCUUAAAAUAGCAUCUAAAGAAUUAAUGCAUUGUCUUGAUGAUCAAUGUAUUACAUUUACAUUACGUUCAAGAAAAGGCGCUUUUACCAGUGUAAUGAGAGCUAAACGACGACAUAAAUAA